AUGGCAGAGCAAACGCAGUCAGGGUACACGCCGCUCGAGGAGAUACCCAAGGUGACACGCGUGCGCACCUUGCUACAGAAUCUCCUGUCGCUCACCCUCUACUUCCGCCUCCAGAUCCGAGACGAGCUAGGAGCCGCCUUCCGCUCUGGACGAACGAGGCCCAUUGCAUACCGCAAGCAGCAACUCCUACAGCUAUGCUACAUGGUCGAAGACAACCAGGAGCUGAGGCGAUUUCGUCGGAUCUUGGGAGACCGCACCUUGAGACAGAGUUGUACGCUCGAGAUGAACGGCGUACUGCUCGAGCUCAAAGAUACAUACGACAACAUAGAAAAGUGGUCCGCGCCGAAGAAGUCGCCGUUCUCCCUCUUGUGGUUCUCGUUGUCUCCAACGACAAGGAAGGAGCCCAAGGGCGUGAUACUCGUCAUCAGCCCCUUCAACUAUCCCUUCUUUCUCACUCUGUGCCCGGUGGCGGCUGCCAUUGCAGCGGGCAACACCGUGAUGCUGAAGCCCUCGGAGCUAUCGCCUGCGUCGGCGUCGUUGUUAGCUGAUCUUAUCCCCAAGUACCUCGAUCCGGAGCUGGUUCGGGUCGUGAAUGGUGGGGUCCCCGAGAUUACAAAGAUUCUGGAGCUUCCUUUCAACCAUAUUCUGUACAUAGGUAACAACCGUGUUGCGAAGAUCAUCUGCGCGGCGGCAGCUAAACAUCUGACUCCCGUCGCCUUGGAGCUCGGAGGCAAGUGCCCCUGCGUCAUAGAUCCCGAGUGCAACGUCAAAGUGGCCGCCAAGCGCAUCAUGUGGGGCAGGCUUGUAAACGGCGGGCAGGUGUGCUUGUGUCCGGACUACAUUCUCGUGCCAGAGUCCUUUCAAGACGAGUUCGUGGAGGCGCUCCAGAACGCAUACAACGAGCUUCACCCCGUCGAUCCCAAGAAGUCCGGUAUGCUAGGUCGGAUCGUGAACGAGCGACACGUCGACCGUCUGAAGAACUUGCUCGACAACACCAAGGAUACGAUCGUGUUCGGCGGCGAGGUCGACAGAGAGGCUCGAUACGUAGCGCCGACUCUCAUCAGACACGUGAAGCGUGACGAUUCGCUCAUGAGCGACUCAGCGAUGCCUGUUAAGGAUGUCGACGACGCCAUCGCUUUCAUCAACAGCAUGGAGGAGGCGCUCUGUGUCUAUGUCUUUACGAACGACAGCAAGUUCAAGAACAAAGUCAUGGACAACACGCAGAGCGGUACCGCGUCCACGAACGAAACAAUUCUGCACGUCAUGGCCAAUGACGCGCCGUUCGGAGGAUUUGGCGCCAGCGACUAUGGCUACUCGACCGGCAAGGCAGCAUUCGACGACUUCACACACUUCAGAAUCGACUACACUGCAAUGUCUGCGCGGUACACGCCCUACAAUCCGGCGGCGCUGAAGCGCUUGAACAUGUUGCUGCACCCUCGCCUUCCGCCGCGCAACGGAGGGGGCUCCAUCAUGGGCAAGCUUUGGUACAUGUUCGGCAUUGCCGCCGCAGGUGCCGCAUAUGUAACCCUUGCAAUGACUCCGUCUUAG